GGUGGAUUUCAAACAUUGGAAUAAAGCAAAUUGUAAUAGACGUAUUUGACGUCCGUGUUUGCCCUUUGUUUGCAAGCUGGCUAUGGACUACGAACCCUAUGACAGCAGUGGAACAGAUGAUGAUCUUCCUCCAUCACAUCAAAAUAGGAUUCCAAGAGGGGGUGGCCGCAUGAAUGGAAAUGGGAGAUCUGCUGUCAUCGCUUCUCUACCCUACCAAAGGAUGUAUGGUGACACUGACAUGGAGGCCCAAAUUCACCAGCUUGAGCAAGAAGCAUACAGUUCGGUUCUAAGAGCCUUUAAAGCUCAAGCUGAUGCCAUUACUUGGGAGAAAGAAAGUUUGAUAACGGAGCUACGAAAAGAGUUAAGAUUGUCCAAUGAAGAACAUAGAGAACUUCUUGGUAGAGUUAAUGCUGAUGAUGUCAUCCGAAGAAUAAGGGAGUGGAGGCAAUCAGGGGCUCACCAACCUGGUAUGCUUGGCACUGGUCAAGCUAUUCACGACCCAUUACCCAGUCCUUCUGUCUCAGCUUCACGGAAGAAACAGAAGAUAGCUCCAUCUUUACCGUCACAGUCCUUUGCUGGACCAUCUCCUACGUUUCACCCACCUGCUCUGGCUUCUGCAAACCAGCCAUCUUCAUCUGCUGCCAAGAGAGGGCCUAUGAUGGGGCCUAAGGGCAAAAAAAGUAAAUCUGGCCAGAUGAUGCCUGGUGCAUCUUCAAUGAAAAUGCAGUACCCGUCCUCCGGUCCAUUUGGAAGAGGCCAACUCGAUAAUCGGGCUUCUGAACCUGCUAAAACAGCAUUAUUUGAUCCAUUGAUCGGAAGGAAAGUAAGGACUAGAUGGCCUGAUGACAACAAUUUUUAUGAGGCAGUCAUUACUGACUAUAACAAAGUUGAGGGUAGACAUGCUCUUGUUUAUGACAUGGGUACUACAAACGAGACGUGGGAAUGGGUCAACCUUUCAGAGAUUUCUCCAGAAGAUAUUCAGUGGGAGGGUGAAGAUCCAGGGAUUUCUCGUCAUGGAAAUUUUGGUGGAUCAGGCCGUGGGGUGAAUAGGCCUGUAGGGCGUGAUAGCGGUCCAGGUGCAGGGAGGGGAAGGGGGUUGGCUAAACCUCAGACCAGAAAAGGCUUUCCACCGUCACAGAAUGGAGGAAAGAAGGGAUCUGAUGAUAUCCAGUUACUUCACACGGAAACACUGAUUAAAGAGGUGGAGAGGGUCUUUGGCGCCAGUCAUCCAGAUCCUUUGGAGGUUGAGAAGGCAAAGAAAGUGCUAAAGGAGCAUGAGCAAGCACUUCUGGAGGCAAUCUCAAGGCUCGGAGAGAUCUCUGAUGGAGAGAGUGAUGAACAUUUCAUGCAAGCAAUGGACCGGGAAUGACGGGGAUACCAUGAUGGUACUGAGUGGUAUAUAGAAGCUGUGGAGCAAAAAGGGCAUAUAUGUAUUCUAGAUCGGUUGCCAUAUGUUACGAAACAACAGAAUGAUUGUAGGCCUGUUGUAUAAUGCCAUGUUCAAGGAACGCUUUGCUAACAUUAUAUUAUUGUAGUCUAGUUUUUGUCUGCGUAGGCUUAUUUGUAGUUGGAUUAUUGUUUCAUGUAGUGGCAGUUUAGUGCUCUUGUAAAAUUAAAUGGUAGCAAUUUAACGUGUGAUCAUGUAAAAAGAAGGUUCUAUUGACGCACUGUUGCUGGAACUGUGAAAAUGAACAGCUUAAUUAUUCUUUAGUCA